UCUGAAUCAAAUUAUCGCAUUCGCCAUCUCGUUCUAUUGGCCGAGAGGAAAGAGGCAACCUUGACGUCAUUCGUGAUCGUGAAGCGCAAAAGGUUGUGUUAUCAGCGAAUGACUAAAAUCACCACCGGUUUAUCAGAGAAUGGACGAACUCCUGAUUGUUAAAUGGAUGUCCGUGGGUGCCUGACUCUCACACGAAUGGAGCUUACGCGCUAGCAACAGGAGAUCAAGUUUUUGUCCUCGACAAGUUAUAGUAUGUUGACAAUCGGCUGGUCCGGCAAACCUGUUUUGAAGGUAUACUUUCGGGAAGCAUAUAAGUGUCUCUCUGUAGAGGAAUAAAACUUCUAUUCCACUUCGCCAAGGAAUUAGUAUCUUGGUGACGCAAUGUGAAAUUUAGGAGAUUCAUUUGUAACAUUUUAACUGUGAAUGGAUUUUUUUACGUGGAAAAUUUUUUGAGAGUGUAGCAUUUCAUGACAAAUAGAAAAUACAACACAGAAAUAUGACAAUGGAUGCCCAUGAUUCAGAAGUAAUGUCUUACUUGCCCGGGGAAGGACCAAGUCAAAAUGCUAGCGAUGGACUUGAUUAUUGCGUUUCGUCAUAUGAAAAACUCAAAAGAGUCAGUAAAACUGGGUUUCAGUCCGAAAACGAUUUCUUCUCCAACUUGACCCUGGCAUGCUACAAAAACAAUAACUACACUUGCCCAGCCUAUAUGUAUAAUCUAUCUGACAAUGAAUUGAUGGAUCAUUUAGCGUACAUCAUGCCGCCCGCGCAUUAUGAGUAUGCAUUUGUGGUACCGUUUGCAGUUAUCAUUCUCACGUUGGUAAUCUUUGGAUUCUUCGGAAACCUCUUCACCAUCAUAGUUAUCUUGCGGAAUCGUGUCCUACAAUCCACUUCCCACUAUCUUGUGAGUUUAGCUCUAUCUGAUAUGUUGUUACUCGUGCUGACUGGACCCACGGAAAUUCUGGUGGAACUCAAGUAUUGGCCCUGGACUUAUACAAAGUUUUUCUGUCAUGCUCGAUUCUUCCUGAUAGAAUUUUGUCUUUUUACGACAGUGUUGCACAUAACCGCAUUCACUAUCGAACGCUACGUAGCGAUCUGUCACCCGAUCAAAGCCAAAGCGUUUAUCUCAACCUCUCGUGCCAUUAAAUUCAUUAUCGCUAUCUGGAUCUUAAGUUUUAUCAUCAGCAUCCCUUUGGCUCUCUCUUACCACCUCAUACAAGCGUGUGUCGGAAUCGAAGAGUCCACUGUCUGCCAGACCACAGAUGAAAUGGAGAGUCGGGUCAACCAUUUCUACAUCUUUUCAGCAACGUUUCUUUUUCUACUCCCCAUGACUCUAAUCAUCGUACUCUACUCUCUCAUCGCCCGAGUCCUCUUCGGUGUCAACAUCAAGGUCCCCAUGAGAAGAUCGAGUUCCACGAAAUGUCGUACUCGUGUUAAUGGAAAUCUCAAGGCCAAGGAAGACAAAGAGGACCAAGUUAUUACGAUGCGAAAACAAGUGGUUAAAAUGUUAGUUGUGAUCGCGGCUAGUUUCUUCAUUUGCUGGUUCCCGUUUCACCUGAUCCGCAUCUUGCCCAUCUUCAAUUUGGAAAAUUGGCCACAGCAUAUCAAAGACAUCUACUACAGGGGGCUCUAUCACUUCUCAAUUGUUUUGCUCUAUGUCAGCUCCGCCAUCAACCCCAUAUUGUACAACGUGAUGUCUGCAAGGUUUCGUCGCGCCUUCAAACAGACCAUACUCUGCCGCGAAGUGGGCGUACCGAGUUCUGCGUGUCAUCGACAAACGACUACUACAACAACUGUGAUUUGAAGAAUCAUGAAUGGGUACUUCACAUUGUAACAUUAAGAAAAUUAUUUGUGGAGUGUUUAUGUUCAAACUCCCUACUAACCAUGCUAACGUUAUGAUAGUCUGAAAGAUUUGAUAUUCUGGGAUUGUUUUUUCUAGGCUUUAGAUCUUUACAGAAACUGUUUUCAAUUUAAAACAGUAUAUUUCCUAGAUGUAGAUGCUAUAUGCUUGACCAAAUUUAUUUAAUUACAAAAGUCGAUUUGGGUAGUCCGCAGGUCAUCAUAAGAUGGCCUUUGCAUCUUAAUCAUUCCUUUUGCAUGGCUUACGCUAGCUUUUGUCUUUCGAAACAUGGAUCAAAAAGUUCUACUACCAGCAAGCAACGAACAAUUUGGCGAGAAGCUAAGAUAAAGGAAUAGUUUGUUUGUUUUCUAGUAUUUCAUUUCAAAAGAAUUAAGAUGAAUAAAUGAAUAAUAUACAUAUAUGUGUAUAUACAUACAUAUUUUUUCAUAUACGGUACUAGCUUCAUUAAAACGGGCCUAUUUAUUGUUUGUUGAUCUUGAUUUCAUGUUUGAUUUGAAUGGUUGUAGGGAAAUUAGUAUUAAGAAAUUGCCCAAGGGCUUGACUUAUCUUUUUUUCAAAAUUAUUUUUACUUCUAAAUAUUUUUAGAACAAAAAGAUUAGUCAGGCUAUUGGGCAAUAUCUUUAAACUAAUUCCCCUUUAACCAUGAAAUUGAAACACGAAACCAACACAAAGUGAUGGAGUAUAUGCGAACGCUUUGCUGUCUUGGCCAAAGUAGUCACAAACCUAUACAAUUUUGGAUGUCGAAAUUUUGAUUUAAAAAAAAUAUUGAUCUGGUGAGAUGCCGAAGAGUGAUAAUUAGAGAAAUGUUCAGAAAGAUAUUCAUUCUGCUGCAUGUUUGUUUCAUAACAUCACGCUAAUAUUAUGUACAUCUCCGCUGAACGCAAGGUGCCAAUUUUCCUGGUCAACACGUACUUCAUCAGUCAUUUCACAGACAAGUGCGGAAAUAGAAAUAGAAGAUGAGCAAAACAGACAAGUCUAAUUUUGAGUUUUUCGAAACACAAAGGCAUCUUCUUUGGAAGCUGUCAUCAAUCUAACAGAAAUUGGCAAAUCACUGGUCUACCAUUCGACCUUAUCUCGAAAUAUUUUGUUCUUGACUAUGUUUUUUCUUGCAUUGUAAAACGGCAUUCACAUUAGAUUUAUUAAUGGAAAUAGCGCUAAUUUUGAUAUUUGGUCACAGUAAAUGCGAAUGUGGCCAAAAUAUGUCAUAUGGCUUAAGCAAUCUAUACUAAUCUGUUUGUUCAAUCUGAAUAGCCAAUUACACAACAAAUAACGAUAUAGAUAUUUUCAACAACACCAGCUCAUUUUUAUCCGGGGUUUUUAUUAGGCAGUAUGCGAAUUUUGCGUUAUUAAACAUGACUGAAUGUCGCUAUCAAAGUAGGCCUCUCUUGGGCAGCGGGGUUUUUGUGAUAUGCAUGAAAGAACUUCCGCUAAAAAGUUAUGUCACUAAUACAUUAUUUUUCUUUAUUCUACUAACAAAGUGACCCGGUAUCUACUAAAGUGCUUAUGUCAUCCGUUUGCUGGUUACGAGACUUUGUUUCCUUUUUAUUUUAUAAUUUUGUUUCAUCAGCUUAGUAAGAAUAUCAAAUCCACGAGAAUCUCCCUUCCCUUAAUGUUGAACUUAUCUGCUUUCGAUAUUUGUCAUGACAUUUCUCCAACUUACAUUUCUUCAUUUGUAUAUGAUUAUCAUAAUUGUUCCAAUAUUGUCAUCUUAUAUUAUGUUCUUUAAAUCGCUUAAUUAUCUCGCUUCCAUGAUACCACAUCCUAGAUAACGUUGCCGCUAUAUGAAUUGAACAGUGUGAGCCUCAUCUUAUGUGAAGCAAUAAUGUCCCUCCUCCCUGUUAUAGGCAUGUAUUUCAAAGUUCGUAA